AUGACUACGUCCGUCUUGCGCGCCAGAAGGGCGUUCGCCAGCAGCUUUCUCAGAGCGCCGGCAUGGAAGGGAGCUCGUCAGUACAGCCGGCCGGCGCUGGCGGGCUUGGACAGGUUCCUGAGGGUGUCUGAGGAGGUUCAGGAUGCCAUUGCUACGGGGAAGCCUGUCGUUGCGCUGGAGACUACUAUCUACACUCACGGAUUCCCGUACCCUGAUAAUGUGGACCUGGCCAUGCGUCUUGAGUCCAUCGUGCGGUCGACGGGCGGCGUGCCAGCUACGAUCGGGGUCAUCGACGGCGUUGCGCGCGUCGGGAUGAACGAGACAGAGCUGACGGAGCUCGCGUCCACCCCGCAAAGGACAAAAGUGCACAAGGUAUCCCGCCGGGACCUUGGAUAUAUUUGUGGAGCUGGGAUUCGGGGGAACCUGAUGAACGGCGGAACUACGAUUGCUGGAACGAUGAUUCUGGCCCAUCUGGCGGGAAUCAAAGUUUUUGCUACCGGAGGUCUAGGCGGCGUACACCGUGGAGGAGAGACCACCAUGGAUAUCUCAGCCGACCUCACUGAACUUGGUCGUACACCCGUGGCUGUUGUCAGCUCUGGCUGUAAGAGCUUCUUGGACAUCCAGCGGACUCUAGAAUAUCUAGAAACCGAAGGCGUUGUUGUUGCUGCCUUUGCAGACGGACGCAAGGGAGAUAUUGAUUUCCCAGCUUUCUUCACCCGAGACAGUGGCAUUAAAGCGCCUAGAGUCAUUCAAAACGAACUGGAUGCCGCUGCCAUCAUCUAUGCUCAGUCACAGUUACAACUCAAGUCGGGAAUGCUCUUCACCAAUCCAGUACCAGAGGAGCACUCAUUCCCCAAACCGGAAAUGGAUGCUAUCAUCACUCGAGCUAUUGAACUCGCCCAUCUCGAAGGCAUCCAAGGCAGUGAUAACACCCCCUACGUCUUGGCUAAGAUUGAAGAGCUCAGUGGCGGACGCAGCGUAGCUACUAACAGGGCUCUCGUCGAAUACAACGUAGAGGUCGGCACCAAAGUAGCUAUCGAGCUUGCAAAGCUCGAGUCGGAGAAUGGCAAGGAUGUGGAUCGCACCGUAGCUGGCAGCCUUCCAAUGAAUAAAACUCUUGCCGAAGAGGCUCAGGACAGCAUCGAAUUGUCUGGUGAAUCUACGGAGACUUCUUCAGUUCAGGAGCUCAAACAAGACGUGCCAGAUCUGCUGGUAGCUGGCUCUCUUGCAGUUGAUCUCGCCUGCGACUAUGCGCCGUUAACAAACGGACCCUCAGAUGGUUCGCCAAAGCUACAAACCUCAAACCCUUCAGUCAUAACCCAGACUCUAGGAGGUGUUGGACACAACGUAGCCCUUGCAGCAAGCUAUAUGGGCAGCUCCGUGAUGUUCUGCAGCGUAGUUGCAGACGAUAUCAGCGGCCGAAGCGCUUUGGACACUAUACAGGACUCAUAUAACCCUUUCUUUCAGUCCGAGGGUAUACAGUUACUCCCUUCGGCUCCUAACGCCAGAACAGCACAAUACAUAGCAGUCAACGAUGCCAAAAAGGAUCUAAUGAUCGCCAUGGCAGAUAUGGGCAUUCUCGAGCUGCCCGCGAGCAAGCUUAACUUCCGCACGUACUGGGAGCCGCUUGUCAAAGAUCAACCCGUGCAGCCUUCAUGGGCUGUUGUGGACGCAAACUGGGGCUCAGAGGCAGCUACUGAAUGGAUACAACUUUGCAAGCGUCAGGGUAUGAAAAUUGCGCUGGAGCCUGUGUCUUCUCCAAAGGCUGCAAGGUUAUUCUACCGACAGAAUAAUACAUCCAGCCAUGCUCCAGUUAUAAGGGCCACGGAUAUGGCUCCUGAUAGCCACGUUAUUGAUCUCGCGGCUCCAAACCGGUAUGAGUUGGCUGCCAUGCAUGCCGCAGCACGAGAUACUGGCCACUUUGAUAGCCCCGAGUGGUGGCGGAUCAUCGAUGCCCUCCAGCUACCUAGUAAUGGAUCAAGAGUCCGUUUAAUCUCACUUACAAACACUGAGCUUGUCAAUGAGGGAAUACCUCAACAGACUAUACAGCUUCUUCCAUUAAUACCAUGCAUAUUGACCAAGCUGGGUCCUCAGGGGGUGUUAUUGACCCAGAUUCUAUGGCCUGGAGAUGAGCGGCUGACAAUGAAGGAAUACGCUCCGUAUAUAUUUGGUCGAGGACAGGUUGACGAUAGCCCAGUUGGAGGAGUUUAUAUGCGUUUGUUCCCGCCGGAGGAGACACUUUCGGAUGCUGAUAUCGUUAGUGUUAACGGCGCUGGUGAUACCCUACUUGGCGUAGUUAUGGCUGCGCUUGGAAGAGGAGGACGAGAUCGUGAAGUACGUGUGGAGGAUGUGAUUCCAAUUGCACAGAGAGCAAGUGCUAUGACGAUGAAGAGCAAGCAUGCCGUCAGCCCCGAGAUAUCCCAACUUGCUCCGUUACUGGAGUCGUUGUAA